AUGACGACUUUCCGCGAGCAAAUGCGAGGGUUCCCCCUAUGGCAGAUGGCAGUGAUUUCGAUGAUGCGUUUCUCGGAGCCCAUCUCGUUCACGUCGCUUUUUCCGUACAUCUACUUCAUGAUUCGUGACUUUCACAUCACCAAAGACCCAUCUCAGAUCUUCAAGUACUCGGGUCUUCUAGCAGCGUCGUUUGCUUUCUCUCAGUUUCUAUGCUGUAUUCACUGGGCCCGUCUCAGCGACCGUAUCGGCCGUAAACCGGUCUUGCUUACAGGGCUUUGUGGUACUGCCGCCAGUCUUGUUUUGUUUGGUUUUUCCAAAAACUUUUACGUGGCCUUGGCUGCGAGAACAGCCGCGGGGGCACUCAAUGGAAACAUUGCAGUAUUGCAAACCCUUGUGGGAGAGCUAGUCAAGGAGCGCCGCCAUCAGGGACUAGCGUUUGCUACACUUCCGUUGUUUUGGAACGUGGGCUGCGUCAUUGGGCCUUUGAUAGGGGGCUCGCGGUAUUUGACCAGGCCCCGGCCCGAGGGCGAGGAAGCUGCUGUUGUAGGCUGGGGUUCAUUUUACGAGUCCUUCAUCACGAAACAUCCGUAUGCCCUAUCGAAUGUCGUGGUGGCAUCAAUGCUUUUCACAAGUGCCCUCAUUGGGUUUCUUUUUCUCGAAGAAACACAUGUGAAAAUCAGAAACCAGUACGAUGUGGGGUUGGCUGUCGGUGACUCCAUCCGCCGCCUUCUCGGCUACACUAUCCCUGUGCGGCCAUGGGAGCAGCAUGUGUCAUCAAAGACACAUGUGGCAGCCGACGGCUCUGCCAUUCUCGAUGAUUCGGAGUCUGCAAACGAGGCCUCGCCCCUCAGUAUUGAUCAAGACAGAAUAUACGCAGCCAUUGAUCUGGACAAUGAGGAAGACGACCAGUUAAUCACGCCACUGGGUCUGUUGACGAGAAGAUCAUCUUUGGCAGUGGUGAGGCGGUAUUCUUCUGCGUACUCUCUCCAACCAACCAUUCUGACAAUGACUGCUGCUUCCGAAAACGAAGAGCACAUCUCUAUCUGGGCGGCCCUUGGAAACAAAGACAUUUUCACGUACAAGGUCAUCGGUACGUUGUUGGCAUACUUCUCCAUAGCGUUCCACUCGCUUAUUUACACCGAGUUUGUCCCCGUGUUUCUAGCGGGGACUUUCCAAAAAGAAAGCCUCAGUUUCCCUUGGCAUGUCAAAGGCGGUUUGGGCUGGCAAACACAAGACAUCGGCUCGUUGCUUUCAACGGUUGGCCUCAUGGGGUGUUUCAUGGUCAUUGUCAUUUUCCCGCACAUGGACAGACACAUGCGUACGAUUGACGGUUUUCGGUUGGCGUGCUGCAUGUUCCCGAUUGCCUACUUCUUGCUACCGUACAUCAUAUUCACGUCGCCGGGCUACAGUUCCUUUUUUCCCCCUUGGUUCUACAAAGCGUUUUUGUAUAUGAACUCAAUGAUAGCGGUGGUUGGCAGUUCCCUAGCAUUCCCGCAGGUGACAAUUUUGGUCUACCGGGCUACAAAGCCAAAACAUCGGGCAUUGGUCAAUGCCACAUCCAUGAGCGCUAACUCAUUGGCCAGAUUCGUCGCCCCAAUGACUUGGGGUGCGUUAACCUCGUUUUUCGACAAAAGAGGAAUAACUCAAGUCACGUGGAAUUUGUUGGCUUUGAUAGCCGUGCUAUCCGUGGUGUUGGCCUUUCAGCUAGACGAGUACUCGGAAGAUAUUGAAGAUGAGGAGGAGCAGGUCUAG